AUGGCAAAAGGGUUGCAGCUAUUCGUCAGCAGAUUAUCGUUUUACACUACGAAUGAAAGAUUGAAGAAGCUCUUUUCACCUUUUGGCGUUGUUACAGAAGCGAGGCUUGUUAAAGACCCAAGAACGCAAAGGCCUAAAGGUUUUGGAUUUGUUACCUUUGAGUCAGAAGCAGAUGCUCGGAAUGCAUUGAGUUCCAUUAACGGAAGGAUUGUUGAUGGAAGACUGAUUUUUGUGGAAGUUGCUGAGAAUACACAAGCUACAGAAAACAAAACAUCCCAUAAAUAACUUUCUCAUAAUUCAGCAUAUACAUCAUGGGAGAAUUUUUGGCCAUUGCUCAAUCCUCCAUAGUGCUGCCUCACUUUCACGUCCAAGCUUGGAGUCAAAGGCAGCAUCUCUUUGCUCAUAGUCAGCCAUUGAGGUCACUUCGUUCAUCUCUACAUCUAUUGAAUAUCCCUUGCACGGUGUACCCAAACUUGUCCACUCGAUCAAAGCCUUCCUACUGGGGAGUCAAAGCCAGUGUUGUCUCUGAUUCUACAAUGCCAACCACCUUCACUGUUGAUUCAGCAGGGCCAGGAAUUGAUAUUCUGCCAGAGACAGGUGGUGGUGGUGGAGAUGAUUCUGGGAGUGCAAAUGGCGGUGGUGGUGGUGGGGGAGAUAAUGGUG